GGUACCCUCGAGGUAUCUGGUUCGGAUUACUCGCGGGGGUGUGAUAUUGCCGGGUCGCAUAUCAUUACCGUGCGUGAGAUUACUCGAUGAACUCGCAGCGGCACUUGCAAUUACUUGCGAUCACCCGUUUCAUCAUUUAAUAUUGGAGGUUCAGCUAUUCUGUCUUGCUGUUUCCUGGGCCGCGUGGCGCCCUGCUCCAGUCACCGGAUCCGCGCCAUGAACGGCGCGCAUGCGCACUCGGAGGUGGUGGCCAUCCUGGACGCCGGCGCCCAGUAUGGCAAAGUCAUCGACCGGCGCGUGCGCGAACUCAACGUGCAGACCGAGAUGCUGCCACUCGACACGCCCGCCUUCACGCUCAAAGAGCGUAACUUCAAGGCCAUCAUCAUCUCGGGCGGGCCAAGCUCCGUCAACGCCGAGGACUCGCCGCAGUACGACGCCGACCUCUUCCGCAUCAGCAUCCCUGUGCUGGGCAUCUGCUACGGCUUCCACAUGAUGAACAGGGAGUUCGGCGGCCUGGUGCAGCGCAAGGACGAGCGCGAGGACGGCCAGUUCGACAUCGAGGUCGACAACAAGUGUGUGCUGUUCAAAGAUCUGGACAAGACGCAGCAGGUGCUGCUCACCCACGGCGACUCGGUGACCCGGGUGGCCGACUCCUUCAAGGUGGUGGGCCGCUCCGGUAACCUGGUGGCGGCAGUCGCCAACGACAAGCUCCGUCUAUACGGCGUGCAGUUCCACCCCGAGGUGGACUUGACUGACAACGGACGGACUAUCCUGCGCAACUUCCUGUUCAAUGUGGCCGGCUUCAGCGGGCUCUUCACGCUCAAGUCGCGCGAGGCCGAGUGUCUCGAGUUCAUCCGCUCCACCGUCGGCAAGCAGAAGGUUCUGCUGCUGGUGAGCGGCGGCGUGGACUCGACGGUAUGCGCCGCACUGCUCCACAAGGCGCUCAGCCAGGACCAGGUGGUAGCUGUGCACAUCGACAACGGGUUCAUGCGCAAACACGAGAGCCUGCAGGUGGAGCAGAGUCUGCGCAAGAUCGGCGUCAAGCUCAGGGUGAUCAACGCUCGACACAACUUCCUGAACGGCAGCACCACCAUCCCGGAGACGGGCGCCAACGGCGUGCCGCGCAAGCGCGCCACCGGCCUGCUCUGUCGCACCACGCACCCCGAGCAGAAGCGCAAGAUUAUCGGCGACACUUUCAUCAAGGUGGCUAACGAGGUGAUCAGCGAGCUGAUGCUGCGGCCCGAGGACGUGCUGCUCGGCCAGGGCACGCUGCGGCCCGACCUCAUCGAGUCAGCCUCGCACCUGGCGUCAGGCACCGCCCAGUGCAUCAAGACGCACCACAACGACACAGACCUGGUGCGCCAGCUGCGCCAGCAGGGACGCGUCAUCGAGCCGCUCAAGGACUUCCACAAGGAUGAGGUGCGCGAAAUGGGCCAUGACCUGGGCCUGCCGCCGGAGCUGGUGCAGCGGCACCCGUUCCCGGGGCCCGGCCUGGCCAUCCGCGUCAUCUGCGCCGAGGAGCCGUACAUGAGCGCCGACUUCUCCGAGACGCAAGUUCUGCUGCGCAUCAUUGCCGACUACCACAGCUGCAAACAGCGGAGUCAUGCGCUGCUGAACCGGAUAGACAAUGCCACAACGGAGGACGACCGUAACAUGUUGCUGCGCAUCUCGUCCAAACACCGGCUGGGUACCACCCUGCUGCCCAUCCAGACGGUGGGGGUACAGGGGGACGGCAGGACGUACAGCUACUGCGCCGGCAUCAGCAGCGGCGCUGAGCCCGACUGGGCGGACCUGCUGCGGCUGGCCCGGCUCAUCCCGCGCAUCUGCCACAACAUCAACAGGGUGUGCUACAUAUUCGGCGGUCUGGUGAAGGCGCCGCUGACUUCGGUCACGCCGACGCUGCUGACCUCUGGCGUGCUGGCCCAGAUCCGGGAGGCUGACUACGUGGCCCACCAGGUGCUGUCGUCGUCGGGCUGCGCCUCCGUCAUUAGCCAGAUGCCGGUGGUGCUGCUGCCGCUGCACUUCGACCGCGACGCCACGUGCCACCAGCCGAGCUGCCAGCGCUCGGUGGUGAUCCGCACCUUCAUCACGCACGACUUCAUGACGGGCGUGCCGGCCACGCCUGGCAAGCAGCUGUCGCUUGAGACGCUGAAGCGGAUGGUGACCGAGGUCCAGAACGUGAGCGGCGUCAGUCGCGUGCUGUACGACCUCACCUCCAAGCCGCCCGGCACCACCGAGUGGGAGUGAGCGGCGUACGGGCUGGGCUCGAAGCGCCGGAGGGUCGCCGGCCGCAGCCUGCCCCGGCGCGGCUGGCGCGUCUGCAGCACCCGCAUGUGAUUGUACCGAUUCUCGCGCACCGAACGGUGCCAAGAGGCACGCUGUUGAAGCGCCUGCCGCGGUCCGCGGUCCGUCCUGCUGCCAUCUGUAGGGCGAGCGUCGAACUGCGGGCGGCGCGGCGUCCGCGGGUGCGUUGUCAGACGCCUGGGAGCGCCGCGGCGGCGACGCCGCGUGUUUGCAGGCAGCGCGCAACUUGUAGGUCUGGUGAGUGGCCAUGUGCGCGGACCCCGCCCGCGUGUGACGUGCGAUCUACUGAUGUGGAAUACAUACC